CGGUCAUGAACGGUCCGACGGCCGUGCUGCGAUAACCACUGAUAACGGCCGGGCGCACGUCGGCGUCAGCUCCCGUCAAACGUUUCGCCUACCGCGGUUUUCGCCUAAUCGACGGUGGUCUGUUAUCAGUAGUAGGUAACCGCUGUAAUAAUAUUCUAGUCUUGUUGUGAGUGUGUGUGUGUUGGUGUACAAUCAAUUAUUACAAUUCUAAUAAUAAAUAAUAUAACGGUUAGUGUCUUGUACGAGGUCCGACCGGUGUUCAGUUGUCAGACUUGUGCGGACGCCGUUUGGACUGUUCAGCCGGCUCAAAAACCGACGCGCUCCAUUUCCACAGGCCCUCGGCGGUGGUCUGAGAGUGUAGUUUUUUUUUUUUUUGCUCUUUCGACACGCUAUACUUACGGGUUGUCUCGACAUUUUCUCCAUAUUUUUUUAGUUAUUAAAAUGUAUUCAAUUUAAUUAAACGUGCUCAGACUAGAUACUAUAAGAGAGAGAGAGAGAGAGAGAGAGAGAAAGAUUAAAAAACACAGCCGGCGUCCACCCCGACCCAUCGCCGCCGAGAUUGGACAACACAACAGGGGUUAAACGGACGCUCAGACGACACCAUGAAGCUGUCGGCCACCGAAUGGAUGAUCUUGGCCAUGGUCGGGUCGGUGCACUUUUGCUGCGCCAUAUGCAUUUCCUUACAGGCGCCUUUCUACCCGGAAGAAGCUGAGAAAAAAGGGUGCACAGCGACAGAAUACGGACUUGUUUUCGGAAGUUUUGAACUAAUAGCUUUCAUCACAUCGCCAAUUUUUGGCGGUUUGAUUCAAAAGGUCGGGCUAAAACACUUAUUGGUCUUGGGCAUCGUGCUGAAUGCCGUUUCCACCAUAGCUUUCGGGUAUCUGACUUACAUCGAGAGCCGCAAUCUGUUCCUGAUACUAUCGCUGUUCCUUAGGAUAUUGGAAUCGCUAGGCGCCACCGGUGCUAUGGUGGCUGCUUUCUCGUUGACAGCUGUCACCUUUCCUGAAUCCGUAGCCAGCACAUUUUCUGCUCUUGAAGUGUUUUACGGUAUGGGAUAUAUUGUCGGUCCGACGCUUGGCGCCCUUUUGUUCGAAGCCGGAGGAUUUCCUCUUCCAUUCAUUGUUAUGGGACUCAUAACGCUCGGCACUUCUCUACUAGUGUGCUUAAUAAUGAAACAAGACGUGCCCAGUCCAAACAGAGCGAAAACUAAAGUAACGCAACUGAUGAAAGUUCCUACUGUAUUCAUUAAUUCUGUGGCCACCGUGAUAACAGCCACAGCCAUGGGAUACUAUUCAGCCACACUGGAACCUCACAUCCGACCGUUUGGACUUUCGCCCAUAGACGUCGGAUUCGUGUUUAUCAUCUCCGGGGGCACCUACGCUUUGGUAGCGCCAGUGAUCGGAUAUGUGUGCGAUACCGGUGCCAACCCGAAGAAGAUCAUGAUUUUCGGCACGAUUUUGACGGUCAUCAGCUACUCGAUCGUCGGACCCGCACCGUUCAUGCCCUUAGAGAAAUCAAUGCUUCUAGUCGUUUUUGGUCUGAUAAUACAAGGAUUUGCUCUUGGGUGUAUUUGUGUACCUACCUUUGUUGAUUCUAUGACAGCUGCAUUCAAUAGCGGUUUUGCUAAUGACAUACACACUUACGGCCUCUUGUCGGGUAUAUGGUCUUCGUCGUUCGCUCUGGGGGCUUUCUUGGGUCCUUCCAUCGCUGGCGUCUUAUUCGAUUUAGUCGGAUUCGAACAAGGAACGUAUUUCGAAAUUUUCUUGCACGCUGUAUUGGGCAUGGCGCUGUUAGGGUUUGUGUUCACCGAGAAGAGGCCUCAGGCCAAGGGACCCCAGUUGAGUGACUCUACCGUUGGAUUUGCCGGCCGAGGAGACACGCCCGACAGGAUCAAUGGACCGAACAGCAAAACUCCUGUUGUGUACACUAUCAACGGUCAUCCUUACAAGACCACGCCGACCGGCUCGUUUCACAGGUACGGGUCCACAUACGGUAGCUUCAGCAAUUCUUGUCUGGCCUCGUCGUUGUCAUCGUUGAGGCUCAACGGCAACGACGCUGUGGUCGUGGCCAGAGAGGCGGGAGGAGGCCGGACUCCCUGGGCUCUGGAAUCCCGAGUAUGAUCGCCAAGUCUCCUCGCGAACAACGCUAUGAUAUUACAUUAAUACAUACAAUAUAAUAUAUAUAUAUAUAUAUAUAUAUAUAUACAUUCCAACAUACAAGUUACAGUAACUGCAAUCCUUCUCACUUCGGUCUGUACCCACUUUACUUUACUUUUACAUAAUUUGUUUGCCAUUUUGCCGUCAAGCAACAACCGACGACGGUGAUGUUUGUGUGUCUGCAUAUUGUCGGCUAUUUUUAAAUUAUAACUUGAUAUUAUUUAAUGUAUGCGCUUUUUUAAUGUUUUCGGCUGUCGUCGUCGGUAACGCCGAACAAUGGCGAUGACGACGACCGUUCAUAACCAUUGCAAUAUUUUGUUUUUAUUUUUUUUACCAGCACGUUGUCACGCGUUAAUUUUUCCUUCGAGUAUUUUUUUUUUUUAAAAAAAAAAUGUAACUUUUAUAUAUUGUAUGUUUGAAAUUUUUAGAAUACAUUUUGUUGUCAAUUUUUUUUUUUUUUUAAGUUAUAAUAUAGGUUUAGUACGCGUAACUAGUGCCGACUGUUUAUUUUUUGUACCUAUUAGUUUUGUACGCGGGCACCGUGGAAGUUUAAUAUUGUUAACCCUCCUUCCCUCCCCUCUCUCCACCGCCAUCGAAGACUUCUACUACCGCUAUCUUACUUACUUAAUGAUAAUAAUUAUUGUCUUUUAGCGGAUUUGCCCCCCACGGCCUACGCGAUAAGGUUUUUUUGUUUUAUUAUAGUUUACAUUAUAACUUUUACCAUAUUAAUAUUAUAUACAAAGACCGCUGUAAUUUACAGCCCGUAAUGUAUAUAACUGUGUGUAUAAUGUAUUUUUUUUUUAGAUUAAACUUACGAAUUAUAUUUUAUUUUUAAUAAAACGAACAUUGCGC